UUGAGUGCAAAGUUUGAAAUGGAGAAAAAUACAAGGAAAAGUGAAAAAAUUCGAAAACUACCAAAAUACAAACAGUUAAAUUUAACGAACAAACUAGCAGUGAUCAAGCUUUCGGAAAGUGGGAAAAAAACGUCUUCUAUUGCCAGUCAGUUCAACGUUUCCGAGUCAACGAUUGUUCGAAUCGUAAAAGAUAAGGAAAAAUAUUUGUUGCAGUCGCCAAAAAUGAAAUUGUUCAAAGAUAGGACAAGAAUUGACAGUGGCAAAAAUGCUGACCUAGAAAAAGUUUUAUUUGAAUUGAUAAAAAUGAAACGCAGUUUGGGCGUAAACAUUUCUGGACCUGUACUUCAAGAAAAAGCUUUAUCCAUAAACGAGCAGCUUGGUGGAUCACCAGAAUUCAGGGCGAGCAAGGGUUGGUUGGGAAGAUUCAAAAAACGGUUUGGUAUUCGCCAACUUAGCGUCCAGGGUGAAAGACUGUCAGCUGAUACCGAAGCAGCUGAGGAUUGCACUUCAACAAUAAAGAACCUAAUUGAGGAAGAAGGCUACCCUUUGGACAACGUUUAUAACGCUGACGAGACCGGAUUGUGCUUCAAAACACUUCCGAAAAACACGUUGGUCCUACUGGCCGACCAGAAACAAGCUCCAGGUCACAAGGAAUCAAAGGAGAGAUUGACAGUGAUGAAUUGUGCAAAUGUGACAGGCAGUCACAAAAUUCCACUUUUGUUAAUCGGGAAGUCACAACGUCCACGAUGCUUCAAGAAUGUCACGCACUUGCCUGUGGUUUACAGAGAACAACCGAGCGCUUGGAUGGACAGUGAGAGAUUUGCGUAGUUAUAUCUUUAAAAAAAUAAUGAAAUCUUC